AUGAGAGCCGAGGCGGAGCGCAAACGGGACGAGCGAGCGGCCCGCCGGGCGCUGGCCAAGGAGCGGCGGAACCGGCCCGAGCCGGGCGGCAGCAGCUGCGAGGAAGAGUUUGUGAGCUUCGCCAACCAGCUGCAGGCCCUGGGGCUGAAACUGCGGGAGGUGCCGGGGGACGGCAAUUGCCUGUUCCGAGCUCUGGGGGAUCAGCUGGAGGGUCACUCCCGGAACCAUCUCAGACACCGACAGGAGACGGUUGACUACAUGAUAAGGCAGCGUGAAGAUUUCGAGCCCUUCGUGGAAGAUGAUGUUCCUUUUGAGAAGCAUGUGGCCAGUUUGGCAAAGCCUGGUACUUUUGCUGGCAAUGAUGCAAUUGUAGCCUUUGCAAGAAACCAUCAGUUGAAUGUGGUGAUCCAUCAGCUUAAUGCCCCUUUGUGGCAGAUUCGAGGUACGGACAAAAGCAGUGUGAGGGAGCUCCACAUCGCCUACCGGUACGGAGAACACUAUGACAGUGUCCGGAGGAUCAAUGACAACUCAGAAGCGCCGGCACAUCUUCAGACCGAUUUCCAGAUGCUUCAUCAAGAUGGAGCAAAUAAAAAAGAAAAGAUCAAGACAAAAGGGGUCGACUUUGAAGAUGGCCCACGGGAUGAAGUGGAAGAUGCUGUCCAGAAAGUUGGCAAUGCGACUGGAUGCUCAGAUUUUAACUUAAUAGUCCAGAACCUGGAAGCUGAAAAUUACAAUAUUGACUCUGCAAUAAUCGCCAUGCUUCAGAUGAACCAGGGGGAAGGAAACAAUGCGGAGGAGAACCUUGAGCCCAGUGCCCAGGUGUCGAAGCAGUGUGACCCUUCAUUGGAGGAGGCAGGCAGCGGCUCCAGACUCAUGGAAGGCCAGACAGAAAAUGGUACAGCCCAGGCCAGACCUAGUGAAGAGAAAAGAGCAAAUAAAAGCCAGAUCCUAAAGGUACGGCAUGGUCGGGAGGCACGGACACUGUGGGGGUCAUAUAGCAAGGGUGGGGGCUGACUUUCACCCUAGUGU